AUGGCAUCGUAUGAAGCUCUUUACUGGCGAAAGUGCCAUUCACCGAUAUACUGGGAUGAAAUAGGAGAAAAAGAAGAUCCUAGACUCUACUAUUAUUCCUUGGAUAGAGGAUGCCCAAGAAAGAUCAAGUUAAUCCGUCAGAGACUCCAGACAGCUCAAAGUCGCCAGAAGAGCUAUGCAGAUAACCGAAGAAAAGAUCUAGAAUUUGAAGUUGGAGACCAUGUUUUCCUUAAGAUUACCCCGUUGCGGAGUGUUACUGCUGGCAGAGGAAAAAAGCUCCAACCUAGAUUCGUAGGACCUUUUUCGAUUCUUCAGCGAGUCGGGAAAGUAGCGUACAAACUUGAGUUGCCGCCAAACGUGUCACGGAUUCACGAUGUAUUUCAUGUAUCAAUGCUCAAAAAGUACUACCCCGAUCCAACUCACAUUGUGCAACCGGAGGAGAUUGAAAUUGACGAAGCCCUUACCUACGAGGAAAGACCUGUGCGAGUACUUGAUAGAAAAGUUAAGGAGCUGAAGAAUAAACAAAUUCCACUGGUGAAGAUUCUGUGGAAGAACCACGGAGUCGAAGAAGCGACCUGGGAGAUGGAGGAGGAGAUGAGAAAGAAAUACCCUGGAUUGUUUAAUGACUCAGGGGGUACAGUGGAUGUGGGACCACUAGUGCGAUUGGUACAGUAA